UGAACAAAAAAGUGACAGUGAUGACAGUUCGUGUAUAUAUAGAAAAAUAACCCAAAAAACCCAAAUUUUUUGUAAAUAUCAUUUAAGAGCAAUGGUAAAAUGGUACACUCUUACCGCAAUAGCAACAGUUACUGUUCUUUGACACGAUGACUAACAGAAAGAUAACCAUACUGUACGGCAGUCAAACAGGCACAGCUCAAGAUUUAGCUGAACAAAUUUAUCGAGAAUCGAAACUGUACCACUUCAAUGGACCCGUUCAGUCUAUGGACAGCUAUGAUAUUACCAAUUUAAUAAAUGAAGUGCUAGUGAUUUUUGUGUGUUCCACAACGGGACAAGGUGACGAACCGGAUAACAUGAAAUCAUUUUGGAGAUUUUUAUUGCGUAGAAACUUACCGACCGAUUCAUUGAGCGGCCUUAAGUAUGGAGUCUUGGGAUUGGGCGAUUCCAGUUACAGUAAAUUUAAUUUCGUGGCUAAGAGAUUAUCGAAGCGAUUGACCCAAUUGGGUGGAAGGGAAAUUACGCCAAUCGGUCUGUGCGAUGAUCAACAUGACCUGGGUGCUAGUGGAGUGUAUUUUCCAUGGAUAGCGGACAUGUGGAAGAAACUAUUAGAUGUUUGUCCAUUGCCAGAUGGACUCAAAAUGUUAACCACAAUACCGCAACAGCAUAAAUGGAAUAUUUCGAUUAUCGAUGACAAUAAGGAGAAUAUGGGUGAGCUGAAGCCAGACAGCACUGACAUUUAUGAAGGUUGUGUCGACCCAGUUUUCGAUAAACCAUUUACGACUAAAGUGUUGAGUAAUGUUCGCACCACAUCCAAUGAUCAUUUUCAAGACGUUCGUUUAAUAAGCUUCAAUAGCAAACAUAUUCAGUGGGCAGCCGGUGAUGUCCUUGUAGUUAGACCAAUCAAUUCGAAGGAUAAGGUUCGCGAUCUAUUCGACUUGUUCAGUGAACAUAGCUUACAGCUGUUUCCGGAGACGAUGGUUCAGUUGCAUCAGAUAGAUUCAGGUGAGAUUUUAAAGUCUUAUUGAUGGGUGAUUUGAAUCUUAGUUAUUUUGCG